AUGGCGGACACAACUCAGGCUCCCGUUAACGGCACCUACGCUGGUCCCCCCAACGGCUACCCCGACAUUUACCUGUCUCAAAACACCAUGAACGCUGCCGCCACUUAUCACCCUGGUCCUGUCUCAACAUCUUCAAAUGGACCAGCUCCCGAAGGCAAGGCUGACAUCUCAAAAGACGAGGUUGGCUGGUACUUUGUUGAGCAAUACUACACAACCAUGAGUCGAAACCCAGAGAAACUUCAUCUCUUCUACUCACGUCGGUCUCAGUUUGUCUCUGGCGACGAGGCCGAGAACGUUCCCGUUGUUGUUGGUCAGAAGGCCAUCAACGACAAGAUCAAGGAACUCGACUUCCAGGAGUGCAAAGUUCGUGUUUUGAACGUCGAUUCUCAGGCCUCAUUUGACAACAUCCUUGUCGCUGUGAUUGGAGAGAUCUCCAACCGCGCCGCGCCAUCUCGCAAAUUCACCCAGACUUUCGUUCUCGCCCAACAACCAAAUGGCUACUAUGUUUUGAACGAUAUCUUCCGAUACCUUGCGGAUGAUGAUGAAGAGGUGGUUCCCGCUGACGAGGCACCCGCUAUCGAGCCUGAAGUAACUGCAGAGCCUGAACAAGCAGAAGCUGCCACAAUCGACGCAGCUGAGACUGAGGAGGCUGCACCUUUGGCGGACAGUGAAGAGGCCGUCGCUGAGGUUGAUGCCAAACUCGAGACGAUUGCUGCCAACGGUGAACCUGAGACGGUUGAGGAGCCUGCUGCUCCUGCACAGGUCAAUGGCGAUGCUGAACACGAGAAGCCCGCCGUUCCUGUUACUCCCGCUGUUCCUGUUGUCCCCACUGAGCCUGAGGCCGUCAAGGAAGAGGAGCCUCAGACUCCAGAAUCUACACCAGCCGUCAGCACCCCUAAGGAAGCUGCACCAGCUCCCAAAGAGACUGCUCCUCCUGCCAAGGCUGUUCCUAAGACAUGGGCUACUAUCGCCUCCAGCAACCGUGCUGCUGCUGCCGCUGCCGCCGCGGCCGCCGCGGCCGGUACCCCUGCUGCUAACCCUGCUGCUGUGCCUCAGCCCAAGCCUGCCGCAACUGCAACCUCAUCCCAGCAGCCAACCAAGCCUCAGCAGGAGCAGCCUGCUACUGCCUCCGCAACGGAAGCUGUUGCUACCAGCAGCCAGGCACCUUCAACUGAUGGUGCUGGUUGGCAGACUGCUGGUCAUGAUCACAGCAAGAAGCAGUCUCGCGCUGAAGAAAAGUAUUCAGCAUAUAUCAAGAACGUCACUGAGAAGGUUGAUGCAUCUUUGUUGCGCACUGUUCUCUCUCGUUUCGGAAAGCUUACUCAUUUUGAUGUCAACCGUUCCAGGAACUGCGCUUUUGUUGACUUCGCCGAUCAGGCGUCAUACAACGCGGCCGUUGCAGCCAACCCCCACCAGAUCGGAACCGAGCAGAUUACUGUCGAAGAGCGACGCGUUCGCACUGGCAAUGUCGGCGGUGGUUUUGCAGCUGGCCGUGGUGGUAGCGGUGCCAACCGCGGUCGUGCCGAUGGCCGGGCUGGAAGCCAGGGUCGCGGUGGCAGCGGCUUCCAACGCGAUCAAGGACGUGGUAGCUUCGCAGGUCGUGGCCGUGGUGGCAGCAAUGUCAACGGCAACAAGCGUAGCCAGGCACAGGCUGCUUAA